UGACAAAAUGGAACCCACCAGCAGUGUGAGGAGACCUGAAAGUGGCACAUGGCAGAGUGUGGCGAUGGAGACCGCAGCAAUGGGAGGCCGUACAGGGACCCAUGACACACUCUGGACCUGGCAGCAGCAUGAGGAGGCGGUACAGGGGCCCAUGACAGAUUACGGGCCUGGCAGCAGCAUGAGGAGUCGCACAUACAGCACCCUAUCACAAAAUGGAACCCACCAACAGUGUAAGGAGACCUGAAAGUGGCACAUGGCAGAGUCUGGCGAUGAAGUCAGCAGCAAUGGGAGGCCGUACAGGGACCCAUGACACACUCUGGACCUGGCAGCAGCAAGA